UGUCGUAUCUAAAUUCAAAGUGUGAUCAUAAAUCUUUUUAUUUUUUUUUUUAAGUCUUUCCUGACAAAUGCUUUUCACAUCAGUGAUUUCAUAUACAUACUUACAUUCAGAACCUAAAGAAUUUUUCCGCUCGCGAACCUUACAAAAUAAUUGCAUAAAAGACCUACAACUAAUAGAUCUAUUGAAUUCGAAAAUUGACUCGAAGGGAAACCGAGCCAACUGGUGUAGCCAACGGCAGAGAAACGCCUCCCUUGAGUGUAAACAAGGGAAGAAUCCUCAAACCAAUAACACUCGCUUGUGAGGGAUGCCGCCUCCUGUUCUAGAACCCGAUAGACAGAGGUGGCAGCAUACACGCAAGUCAGAGCAGCUGUUCCCAUCAAUUCCAUGGAUUGAACUCCUAUUUUAUUUUGUUUCAUUUUGGAGUGGAUGUUUUUACAGUCUUUAUAGAUUUUAUCGAACUUCUCAAAGAUGGGGCCAGUAUUUACCUGUUACACCCAUAGAAGACAGUUGGUUUGGCAGUCGUCAAGACCAGACUGACUUGGAGUGGUAUGUCUGGCCACCAAUAAUCCUUAGUUAUGCUCCUUGGGCAUUUCUCCACAUUGUGUUAGCUCAGCUUAUAAGGAGGUUUUGCCCACAGCAUCUUUGUCGCUUCUACAUCGUAUUUAGUGUGUACAUGAUUAUCCCAUUGAUAGGGAGAGUCGGCACAGGCCUCUGUUUUGCGGUGCCAUCAGUCAUGUUUGUCGUACUACUUACGAGGAGCAAGGUGAUCAUUUGGCUCACCUGGUGCCUGAUAUUAAUUCUCUUCAAUACACAGUUUUUCAUCAGCUAUCUGGAAUCGUGGGUAGAAGACAUUCCCGAGGGCGAUUACAAAGUCUCGGUCAUGGUUGCUUGGAUCAUCCUCCGCAGCUUGAGCUUUUGCCUGGAAGUUUGCGACACAGACCCUGAAGGCGUGCUGAGUCCGUUGCCCCUCCUUACCACACUCUUGGGGUAUUGCCUCUAUUUACCAUUUGUGUGUACUGGCCCAUACAUGCCUUUUACAGACUUUCAAGCAGGACUCUUGCUUCCAUACAAAGAAUGGACACUAAAGAGAGUUCUUGGUAUGGUGCUACAAAUAAUAAGAUUUCUGUGGUGGAUGGGUUUCACUCAGGCCCUUCUGUUCCACUUCUAUGCCCAUUCAUUGCAUUUCACGCCAGAAUUAGUGAGGAAGAUGACUUCAUGGUCAAUGGCAGGCUUUGUGUAUUUUUUAACUGCAUUUUUGCAGCUGAAAUAUGUGGUGCUAUAUGGACUGCCAUCUGUGAUAGCUCGUGUGGAAGGCUAUGACCCUCCCAGACACCCCCGUUGUACACUCAUGACAUACAGAUUCUCAGAUAUAUGGAGAUAUUUUGACCAUGGCCUUUACCGUUUCAUGCUAAAGCAUAUCUACAUACCUUGGGUGGGAGCAGAUAACAGCUUAAUUAGACAAGUACAAGGGACAGCACUAGUGUUUACAUUUGUGUACGUUUGGCAUGGUGUAUCAACGCAAGUCUUCUGGUGGGCUACCAUAAAUUUCUUCGGGGUAUUUGCAGAAAAACUAGGAGAUUAUAUUAGCCGAAUGCCAGCAUAUGAAACCUGGGAGAGUCGGUGGUUCCCAGGCUCAUGGCAGCGUCGUCUGCAUGGGUUGGCGGCUGUGUGCCUUUACGUGCCAUCUCUUGCUGCUCUUACUAUAUUUCUCUCCAAUCUUGAAAAUGCAUUUGCUAUUACCACAAGAAUAUUUAUAUCAGGGUUUCCUGAAUGCACUCUCAGCACCUUCUUCUUCAUGUUCUGUUUGGGACAGUGCAGUAUGGAGCUUCAGAACUGGAAGAUCCGACAGAAAGAUAAACAUAAAUCUAGUUAGCAUUAAUAAAAGUAAUACUAAUAUAUAUAGCCAAAAAUAUAACUGGAGGUGAUAUGAAUUAAUAUUUUAGUCACUGUAAAGUUAAUAAGACAAAGGGAAUGUGUAUGAGUCAGGUGGCAGAAAGUAUAUAGAGGUAUAUUUUUAAUAUAUAUCUAUUUUUAUUGUGAUUUGUAGGAGUUGUCAUCCCUUUUUUGGACAUGUGCAGAUAACUAGUUUAUUUUUAAUGGUAUAUCCUUGGUUGUAUUUGCUUGUUGGCAUAUGUGAAAUUUAGAGUUAGCAUAUGAAGCAAACAAGAGCCCAGGUGAGGAGAAAUCAUAGGUAAGACAUUUUAUGGUGCUCUCUCGAUUCCACUAAAAGACAGAAAAGGUAAAGUCAUUUUAAAGUUGUGAUGUUCAUAUACUGACCCAACACUAUUGGUUUACUAAGAAAUUUAAUUAUAUUGUAUCACCAUUUACUAUUAAGGCCUAGUAUGGGAGAGGAAAUUGAUGAAUUUUGUCACCUUAGUGCAAGGGAAAUCAGUUGAUAUUAAACCUACUGUUUAAAAAGUGGGAGGAAAUGGCAAUGUGCAAAGAAUUUUUUUUUUUUAGUUAUUUUAUUGGUCCUAAAAUUACAUGAGUAGUUAAAUUGAUUUCAGCAUAAAUUAGACAAUCUUGUACAUGAAGCGAGAUUAGUGAAUUAAUGAAUAACUAUAAAAGAUAAGAAUCUCAUGCACUUAUGCUGAUAAAUAAUCUCAAAGAUUUUAGUUAAAUUAAAAUUAGUUUUGAAAGAAAUCAUGUAACUUAUGAGUAUCUACUUCAGGAGCAGUUUAAAUUUACAUUAUUUGUAUGAGUAUUAUUAUUACAUUUGUAAUAAAAUUUACAUACAAGGGUUAGAUAUAUGACAGAGUUGUGUAAUAAAUGCAUGUUUAAUUUUGUCAGUUUUUAUUAUUUUAUUUACUCUGCUUUUCCAGUCUGGUACAUUUACUUUGAAUAAGGAUGAAUGAAAAGUAAUUGCCACAAAAUUAAAAACAGGGAAGAUAAUAUAGAAGUUGCAUAGGUAAAACAAGGCUAGUUUUCCUGGAAUGUACUACACUGUAUAUUACUCAAUUAUCCUGAUACAUUGCAAUAUGUUUUUUAAAUAUGUUUUAAAGAUCACAGAUCACCUAUUACUAAUGAUGUUGAGGACGAAAAUGUGUUAUAAGUGCAUCAAGAAUUCUACACUCAAAACUUUGUUGAAGAAAAUACAGUGGCUGCAAUUUCAUUACUACUCAUGUCCUCAGUAUGAUUAUAGGUUGCUCAAAAGGUUUCAUUAUGUCUUUCAGUAGCAAGAAUUUUCUCAUUCACACUCAUGUCUUGUGACCAUAUUUGUAUUUCAGAUGAUCUUGUAUUACUACCAAAAAGCAAAUGAACAGUUGUUAGUAAAAUUGAGGUUUAUUAUUGGUUCCCCACUCCCACAGUUGAAUUGCUGCUUUUUUUUUUUUUUUUUUUUUUUUUUUUUAUGAUUAUCUUUCUUUGAGGAUGUCAUUUUUAAAAGUGUGAUUAGUUUGUAGAACCUGACACAGAGACUAAUUGCUUUAGAUGCCUCAGUUACAAAAGUGUUUUCUGUUUUUAAGGUCUGUUUAUAUUAUCAGUGUCCACCCGUGGUGUAGAAGCAUAAUAAUGUACCUGGAAACAUUAACAACCAGAGCAACAUUCCUGACCAGGUAGUUAAUUAUUGGGUGAUAUAUUUGUAUGUGGACAAUUAUCAACUAAAGUCCAGUGGUGUUGCCAGAAAAGCCUACAUGUAACGUGAUGCAUAUUUUUCAUGUCAGUUUAGAGAACGGGAAAUAUGAAAAAUGUUGAUAUUAUGAAGAAAAUGGUCAGUAAAUCCCUGGGAUUUAACACUGCGUUGUUUAUUACGUACCAUAUCUGGGGCACAGUUCAUAAUUGUUUAUAUUAUCUGGCUCAACAGCACAGCAGUGAAUUAUGCUCAGCAAUUGCUCAGUUACUAAAUAAGCGAGCAUACAGAGGAGUCAGUACAACUUGCACAGUGUUACUGCUGCUUAGUGGUCUAUAUUAUGCUUCACUACCACACAUAGAAGCUUGCUUGCUUGAGUGCUAUCACAGGUGGAGGCUGAUAUUGUUAUAUGCCUUUCUUCUUGAGAUUAAGAACAUGUUAUAUAUUUACAAUAAAAGAUGUUUAUC